AUGUAUACAGAAGACGCAGAACUAUUGACGGUGGCUCGAUCAGGUGGUCAGUUAAAAUAACAGAACAAAAUUCAACAAUAAUAUCGUGUCAUAAAAUUUGUAGUUUUAGGUAUUGAGCAUACAUUCUGGCCUCUGGACAAUAUAUUAUAACGAAUAUGUACACUCAUUAAUGACUUUAUAUAAAAUAGAAUUACACAAAUUAAUGUAGGUACUUACACGGCUACAUAUAUACAUGAAAUUUGCGAAAACAUGACUAAUAUUUAAUUAUAAUUAUAAUUGAAAUGGAUUAUAUUUUACUAUGAUAUAGUGAUAAUGUCUUUACGUUAUUCGAUUUUUAUCAAUAUCAUUAGCGGAGUGAUGUUUUUUUUUUUCUGAAGUCUAGAGCAUUUCCAGUAAAAUAAAAUGAAUCAGAACUGUACAAAAAUAUAUUAGAUGUUUCUGUACUUAGCCUUUGUCGUUAACAUAAUAUCUAAUGACAAAUUACUGCCCAUAAAUAUAAUUUAAAAAUUAGAAACGUAUACAGUAUAGUAGGUACCAUUACUAAAAUUAUUUGUUCGAUGUUAGGUGUCUACAUGUUAUGGGAUCUGUACAUUUUUAUAUUCCUUAUUACAAGUAAAAUUAUUUUCUUUUUUUUGAAUGGUUUGAUUUUUCACUCGGUAAAUAAUGUCUUGAACUCUUUUAGGAAUAUUUUUUGUUUGUCCCCUUAACCUUAAUAACAACCUUCAAUUAGAAAAUACGUAAAAAAAAAAAAAAAGAAGGAAAUUAGAGUGUAAAAAUUUUGUAUCUUUGAAUACCAGCUAUAUGAAAAAAUCGGUGCAUUAUUUCUGUACUUAACCGAUUUGGUAUUUUCAACAAAAAAAUUAAACCGCUUGGAUGGAGUUUUGAGAAUUUCAAGAAUAAGUUUCAUGCAAAGUAGAAAAUUGGCAUUCUUUAUGGUAUCGCAUGAAAAUAUCAGAACGUUUUUACAAUCGUUUUCAUUAUAAUAUAAUAUAUUAUAAUCAUUUUAAUUAGUGAUAGGCGGAACCGACUAGUUUUGGCUGUUGAUAGUUUAAAAAACACUUGAGUGUUUUUAACUAUUGACAGAAUAAAAACAACCGGGUACUUUUUCAACUGAAUAGAUAUUAUCAAUAGAAUUAACUACUGGAUAGUUGAUAGUGUCCAGUUUUGGCCCGAUAGAUUUUGGGAGCCGGUGCAGAAUUUUGCGGGGCUCCGUGUUUAUUUACAUAAAUAUAUAAUCUAUAAUUAUUUAUUUGAUUUUCUAACGGACUUACUUUAAUUUUAUAUAAUUGUGCAACAUUCGAGGUCUACUAACGAGUUUUACUACACAAUUUUAUAUUUGUGUAUUUAAUAAAAUAAUAGAACUACCUAUGUAUGUGUAAAAAAUAAAUUAAAUUUAUAGUUGUUUACAUAUUUUAAUUGGUACAAAAUAUACUGUAAAAGUAACAUUGUAUAUUAAUAUUAUCAACACUAACAUUUAUUUUUGAUAACCACUAAAUUUAAAAAAAAAUAGUAUCCAAUUCAAUCUUUCAAUUGUAUAUGGGUAGUAUACAGAGUGUAACAUAGAGAUUUGCCACUUGAAAUAACUUCUGUUCUAUUCAAUAUUUUUGUAUGUGUUUUUUUUAAUAAUUAGUUUGUUUCUGCACUACAGUUUAUAUAUUAUUAACAUUUUUUUUGUUAACACAUUCGUGGACAGCUACUGCUAUAGCAGUAGAGUAUAUAUUGUUAAAAAAAACACACUCCUGUAAUAGCAGUAUUAUUUUCAAUGGUUUUAUAUGUUAGACAAUAUUUUACUGUCAAAUUACAACACUUCAAAACAUUGGGCAUAUUAUUUGUNUACCUUAAUUCUAUAUUAAAAUACAGGAAGUUAUGGAAUGAUUCUAGUUUAGCUCCAUUGCGAUUAUUUUUUCAAAAUGUGUGUUUUAAUGCUUAAUCCAUUAAUAUGAUCAAAACUUUCCUAUUGCACUUAAUUUUAUAGUUUUUGUACAUAAACUUGAAAAGUAGCUGUAUUCAAUUUGAAUGUGUAUAAUUUUAAUGAUAUCAUUAGAUUUUUUUGCUAAUCUUGAUUUAAUCUCCAGUUUAAAUAAUUUAAAUUUAGAUGCAGCGCUCUCAACAUUUUUUUAAAAUAUUAAUUACAGGGAAUUAUUUGAUAUAAUAAAGAGUUCCUAACAGACUUGACUAGAUUUAAGAAGGAGGCUCAUAUUAAAUAUAAAACAAAUAAUGUUUAUUCAGAUUAUUUAAAAUUUUUGGAUUUAUGAAAAAAAAAAAUGCAAAUAUUUAUGUCAUCGUAUACAUGGGAAUCAUAUUUUUAAAAUCAAAAAUAUUAUAAACCUAAAUUAUAAAUCUUUUUGGAAAUAUAUUAAAACUCUAAAGUCUAAUAAAUCGAGUAUUUCUUCUUCAGUUAUGUUGGAUGGUAUUGUGGUUGAUAGUAUUUAGAAUAGAUAUUUAUAAGCUGUUUGCAAAUUAUUUCUCUUCCGUGGAUUCAGACAAUAAAAUUAUUAUUGGUCAACACGAAAUAUCAUAUAGGUACAAAAUAUUAUCCUGCUCUUAACUUAAAUUUGUGUACUAUUUUUGAAACAGAAAUACUUGGCUCUGUAAGUGAUGUAAAAGGAGCUGGAUCGCACGGUUUAUAACCUGUAUUUUGAAAAUCAUCUCUCUGUACAAAAUCAAACCUCUACUCAUCUACACUAAUAUCAUCAACUAUCAUCAAUUAAUACAUUUAUUGCUCUACUCAGAAUCUAAAAUUAUAACUUUAAAAAAUGCAAAAUAUGAGUUGCAGUUUGGUUCGUUGUUACAUAAUUCAAACUUUGAGAAAACUAAGAAACUAAGAAAACUAGAUUUUGCAGUAAAAUUUACACUUUCCUAGAAAUUUACAACCCUAGUCAUAACUAAUAAAAUAAUAAAUAAUAUUAUGAAUAAUGGAAAAUUGUCACUACAAUUACCUUUAUACCUACCUAUUCAAAGGCAUUAAAAUUUUCCCGAAUUUACAUAAACUUCUGUAAAUACCGCCUACAAAUUACUAUUUAGGUAAGCUUAGCAUCUUGUGAAUGUUCAUUUUCGAUAUUCAAAUUCUUCAUUAAUUCACAUAGAAUGAGUCAUAUCAAAUAUUAAUCCUGUAAACAUUUUAAUUACUCUUCCGGAAAAAAUCAAAUUGUUAAGCUUAGUUUUAAAAUUUAUUUGUAAUUUUUAGUAACUACUGUAUUAGUUCUUGUGUCGUUAAAACAUAUUUACUCUGAAAAAAUACAAAACCAGCAUCUAAGUAUUUAUUUUUAUUUGCAUUGAAUUUUUAAAUAUUUAUCUAUAUAUUGGUACCUAAAAUAUACUUUAUUAAUUAAAUAUAUAAUAAGCAAGCUUAAAUUGAACAUGGUAAUUAUAAUACACUCUAUUACUUAUUAGUGUGAUAACAUUAAUAUUAUCAGGAAUUGCGUUAGAUUUCAAACAAACAUAUUUCAAUAUGGGAUUAUUUAGGCAAAAUUUUAUUUUUGAUCCAUAACAAUACAAAUCUUAUGAUGGUAUUCUUUGAAUAGCUUAAAAUCGAAUUAAGAUUAAGUUUUAUAAUUUAAAACCAUAAUAUCCGAGUUUGUUUACUUUUAACUGGUAAAGUUCAAUUUCUGAAUUGUGUACACACAUUGAAAAGGAAUACAACACAUUGAAUGUUAUGAUAUAUUAAACUUUAUUCCUUUCUCAUUAUUAGAACAAGCUAAUUCUAUAUUUCAAAUGGUUGCAGAUUUAACAAAUUUACAGCCACCUCUUUCAGAAGUAAUUAAAAAUAAAAUGUAAUUAUUUAAAAAAUAAAUAUGGAGUACAUAUAUAUAUAUUUAUUAAUAAAAUUGUAAUCAUUAAUAAAAUAAAUUAAUCAUUUUUAAAGUUAUGCAGUCUAUGUUUAUUCACUGUGUAUUUAUUCAUUUUUGAAUAUAUUUAACUAUACAUAUUAUCAUCUUGAUAUAAUUAAAACUAAACAAUUGAUACUGUAUAAAAAUAUUGAAAGGAAUUUUCAAAAUUUUUUAGGGACUAAGUAUUUAGGUACCAAUAAAUAUAAGGUUUACAUAGUAUACCUACAUUAAUCUAAUCUAAUUUAUGGAUAAAUAAUAAUUGUUAUAACAGAAAUUGAGUUAAAUAUUAGAAUAAUAAGGUAUUUAGUUUUAUAAUAAAAUAAAAAUUAUAAGUAAGGGAACUCUGACCAUUUCUUUGGUAAAAAACUAUUAAAAUUAAAUAAAAAUUAAAAAAGUUAUAAAUGUGAGCUUGUAACAAAGUAAAUAAAAUUAUCUGUAAUCACUAUAAUAUUCAAAAUUAAUGUAAUUAUACAUUAUUGCCUAUCGUAUGAUUAUGAAUUCUAAUUGGUAUAAUAAUAGUAAAUAAUGUCCUAGUAUUAAUAACUAAAAAAAAAAAGAGAAAACCGAGUAUAAUUGAAGGCACCAAUGCAAUAACAUGGUACGUCCAAAUUUACAAUUGUUCAGGAGACACAAAAAACAUUUUUUUUUCUAUGGAUUAGAAAAAUUUUAAAAUGUUAAAGUAUUAUAAUAUUGAUUGAUACAUGGAUCUAUCUCAUAUAAUUACAUGAAUAGCGCAUUUUAAUUAUUAUUUAAUAUAAUAAACAUAAUAAUAUCCAAAAUAUUUAAAUAUUAGUUUUUUUUAGGCACAAUAACAGAAUGGUUGUUGCACCGAAUUUUUUUUAUAGGUUAUGAAUAAAUAAUUUAAAAUAAGCAAAUUUAAUGAAUAUACGUGAUUUUGAAUCAUGAAACAUUAUUUGAAUAGUAUAAAUUUACAUAAUAUUAAUAACACUAUUUUAAAAUAAAAUAAUUGAUCAUUAUUAUUAAAAAUGAAUAGGUUUUCAUUCAGUUUAUAAAAAAUGAAAAUAAAAACAUACAAGAUUUUUAUAAGUAUAUUUUAUUAAAUAUAAGAUUUCAAAUUGUGUCCCCUCAAUAGUCUUUUAAGUUGUCUAAAAAAAUUAAAACAACUUUUAAUGUAUAAAAAAUAACAAUACAUGAUUAAUCAUGAGAAAUAAUAUUUGAAUAAGUAUACUAUAGUAAAUGUAAGUUUUUCACUUGUUAAAAUGAUUAUCAAUAUUAGUGCGUCCACAGUUUAGCCAAUAUUAUAUAAUUAACUGGCUAUUAAACAAAACAAUGCAUACAAUAAUAAUUACUAAUAUUAUUAUCAAAUUCAUUACAUACCGUUAAUGCACCAAAAAAAAAAAAGUGAUAACAGAGUAGGUAGAUUCGUAGAUUAGAUUGGCGCAAGAUUGGUUAUUGAACUGAUCGAUAGAAAAUAUUUUUCCCGAAAUUUUGAUGUAUAAAACCCAUUUUCGAAAUUUUGGACGUAUCUCGUUCUUAAGGCCUUUAAUUUGUCUGUUUGUCAUAGUUAAACAACGAAAUCUGGAAAUUACACGUAACUCGAUUUCGACAGAAUUUUGCGUGCAAAAUUCGGUUAUCUAUCUACCAAUAAGUCAAUACAAUAUGAAAUAAAUGGAGAUGACGAAAAAUAACGUGAAUUUAUCUGUCUUCGCUACCGCGUUGGGUAUGUAUGAUUAAGUGCGGGUUAUUAUGCUAUUUCCUUUUGGUUGGACAUUUGGUAAUGCGAUUAUUGUGUUAUUGCGACUGGAGUGGACGGGGAUCGCCUUCUAAGAUCCUGCAGUCCAGUAUGAUCAUUGUUAAUCUGAGGGUGACUACCUAUAAUCGAUUAGAUCUGUCUUCUUUAGACCAUCGUUUGCUAUAUGAAAAACUAUCAAAUCUUGGACAAUUCCCAAUUAUCCAAUUGUCUAAUUCUAAUAGAGUGAAACCUCUGAAAUGCGGACACCACUCUUGGACACCGGACAUUUGUUUGUUAUUCUUAGGGUUCUGUUGUCCUGAGGACAUGGAUGUACCUACAAGGGUGCAGGAAAGGGUUCACUGGGCUUAAACACUUCCCCAUUAGUUGUAUUUAAAUUAGAUUUGGAGCGUAGGGAGGAAUUUAUUAGUUUUACUGUGAUGUGUGUUUUUUUUCUGUCUGUAAACAACUUAUCGAAAAGUAAUCUUACUUCGAUGUAUAAAGUAGAGUGUAGAUAUGUACAUUUAGGUUACUGAUAAAUCAAUAUAAAUAGGUAACUCAAAAUGGUGAACAAUAACGUGAAUUUAUUUGCUUUUGCUAUCGUAUAGGGAACUCGGAUUUAUUUUAUAGUGUAAUAAUUUAUCCUAUUGUAGGUAGGACACCAGUCAGAUUUAUAAUAUAACCCAAACCCCAAACAGGUAUAUUGUAGAAUCCUAUUAAAUUGGAAUCUACUUAUGUGGAACUACUACAGGAAAACUUUAAUAAUAAUCUUUUUAUAGAAAAUGUAAUAUUUUUCUUGGAAAAUAAUGAGUAUACGAAAAAUGUUAUUUCAUUAUUUUUUCUAGAUAUUAUUAAGCUCUAAAAUUAAGGUCCUAUACAUUUUUAUGCCAAAUGUAAUAGUUUUAUACAUACAUUUUAACAACAACUUACUUACCUCCUGUCAUUUUCAACCCAAAGUCAGCACCAGAAGAGGUUGAGUAAUGCUUUCCAAAUUUUACCCAAAUUUUUUUUUUAUGUGACUUAACAAAUCCAGUGGGUAUUGACUAAAUAUAAUUAAGUUUAAAACAAUAAGGGUCACUCUAAUAAUCUUGUAUUGAGUGUACUGACUAAUAUUAUAAUUUAUAUUAACUAUAAUAAGUACAUAAGUAGUAUGGAUAGAUGAAUAACUUUACAAUAAAAUUAAACGGUGUAGAACUGUUUCUAUUUAAACUUUCACAUAACUUAGCCACAAUACAUAUAGAUGAUCAAGAAAGUUGAUUAUUAUGUUAAAUUUUCUGUUAUAUAAAUAUUUAGUUUCAAUUAUUCAGUAUAUUUAUUUCAUAAAACAUUAAGUAUCUAUAACAUUAAUAAUUAUUAUAUUAAUGCACUGUUUAUUAAAUAAUCAUUUUGAUAAAAGCAAAAUAAUAUAAUAGGAUAUGUAGACUUCAUUCACAUAAUGGAUAUUAUAAAACAUUUUACUAAUUAUCUAUAAAUAUAUAAAAUUCUAUGUAAAUUUUAAUACAAGUAGGUAUAAAAUAUAUGUAUAUAUAUAUAUGAGCAUUUAGGUAAUAUAAUAUGUAAGUACAUAACAUAUUCAAGACAAAAGGUUUUAUAAAAUCAAAUAAGCAUUGAUAUUAUUGAUUUUGAAGUUUGAUGACACAUGUCAAAAGUGACAUGUCACAUGACACAAAUAAAAAUAUGUUUAAAGCAUUUUACUUGAAUAGAUAAUAAGUUAGGGAUAAUAUUAUACCAUAAUGUAUACUUUUUUUUUAAUACUAGUAUUUAUAUUUUAAAUAAAAUGUAUUACAUCCAAAAAAAAAAUAAAUACAUAACAAUAAUAAUGAUAGUAUAACUAAAAAUAAAAUUUUCCUUUAAAUAAUUUUUAUUACCAUAAAAAUUUGAAUAUUAUGUCAAAAACUUAAAAUUUAAAUAUUUUUGGACUGUCAAUGUUUCAUUAAUAUCAACCUGUGUUUAAUUUAAUGAUAAAUGUUUUUUGUCACACUCAAUUAUCCUAUGUUCAAUUUUUAUUUUCUAAUACAGUGUUUCUCAACCAGUGGCUGCAUUUAUAGGCAAAGAAAGGUAAAUGAUAAUAAUUUGGGUGUUUCCUUUACUGCUAAAGCUAAAUUUACUGAUAAAAUAAUACUAAUUAUCAAAGAUUCAAUGUCAUUAUUGGACCAAAAACUUGAUUAUUACUUUUCAUCGCUGGAUUUGAAAUUGUUUGAUUGGGUGAGGAAUCCAUUUAAUCCUAGUUUAGAAACCGUACAUCUUUCAUUAAAAGAGGAAGAAGAACUUGCAGAACUAAAAAGUGAUCACACUCUUUAA